AUGGCUAACUCAGAAUCACAAGAGUUGGAUCUUAAUGAGUCAGUUUCUGUUGAACGACAAGCACAAACGCCACUUCCCGGUGGCAAAAAAGGCGGUUGGAUCACAUUUCCAUUUGUUAUAGGAAGCUUUAUGGGGUUGGCACUAACUGGUGGUGGACUUACGGCAAACUUGAUGGUAUAUCUAAUUCAGGAAAUUCAUGUUAAGAGCAUUGAUGCUACUCAGAUUUCAAACGUCGUGAGCGGUUGCGUCAACUUCUUCCCCAUCGUUGGAGCAAUUAUCGCAGACUCUUCCCUUGGCUGUUUCUCUGUUGUCUUAAUCUCUUCUUGCAUCACUCUUCUGGGAAUGACUCUUUUAAAUCUAACUGCAACACUUGACCCCCUGAGGCCACUGACAUGCGAAAGGGAAUCGAGCUUUUGUAAAUUACCAUCAAAGCUUCAGUUAGCAGUCUUAUAUGGUGGCAUAGCCGUGGUCUCAAUUGGCAUUGGAGGUUGGCACCUUACGAUGGCAACAGUGGGUGCAAACCAGUUUGACAAACAUGAAGAUCAAGAGAUUUUCUUCAACUGGUACUUCUUCACCUUCUACACUUCAGCUGUGAUAAGUUCAACUGCCAUUGUCUAUAUUCAGGACAAUGUUAGCUGGGCAUGGGGGUUUGGCAUAUGUGUUGUCUCAAGUUUAAUAGGCUCAACCAUUUUGUUGUUGGGAAAGCGUUUCUUUCAUCGUGACAAGCCACAAUCAAGUCCAUUCAUAGGCUUAGCUCGUGUCGUUGUUGCCUCUAUAAAGAAAAGGAAGGUUUUGCUUUCAUCAAGAAUCGAGGAUUACUACUAUGGCCGUGAUCAUGGGAAGGCUAAGACGGUGGAUGUGACACCUUCAAAGAGCUUCAGGUUUCUAAACGGUGCAGCUUUGAAAACCGAAGGAGACUUGACAGAUGAGGAAGGGUCAAUAGCAAAACCAUGGAGAUUAUGCACGAUCCAACAAGUAGAGGACUUCAAAAACCUUAUGAGAAUCUUCCCUCUUUGGUCCUCAAGCAUAUUCCUGAGCACCCCAAUUGCAAUCCUACUUAGCUUAACAAUCCUCCAAGCUCUAACCAUGGACGUUCACCUGGGCCCACACUUCAAAAUCCCAGCUAGCUCAAUCCUAGUCCUAGUCCUAAUCACCACUUCCAUAUUCCUGACUCUGAUCGACCACCUCCUCUGCCCCACGUGGCAGAAGCUGACUCGCCAUUCGCCGACGCCCCUCCAGCAAAUAGGACUAGGCCACGUCCUUAACAUCCUCAGCAUGGUUGUUUCAGCCCUAGUUGAGUCAAAGCGUCUCAGGGUAGCACACAACCUGGCUAAUUCCAAUAUUGUCCCUAUGUUGGCGGUGUGGCUAUUCCCACAGCUGAAAUUGGCAGGCAUUGGAGAGGCAUUUCACUUUCCGGGUCAAGUUUCCUUGUACUACCAAGAAUUCCCUGCCUCACUUAGGAACACAGCCACUGCUAUGGUUUCAAUGGUGAUUGGCAUUGCUUUCUACCUGAGCACCGCCUUGAUCGAUCUCGUUCGGAGGGUCACUGCGUGGUUGCCAGAUGAUAUGAACCGAGGGAGGCUUGACAAUGUGUACUGGACGGUGGUUGUGAUAGGCGUGCUUAAUUUCGGUUACUAUUUGGUGUGUGCCAAGUUGUACAAGUACCAAAAUAAUGUUGAUCAUGAGCAGGUGGUGAAUACUGAAUGCUAAUUCUGCCUCUGAUAUUGGACAAGCGAAGAAGUCUAAUAUAUAUAUGUGUUGUAUAUAUGCGCUGUAAAUUUCUACCAAUCUCUAGCAGCAUUAACUUUUUAUAUGCAUUUGUGUGGCCUACUUGUGAAAGAAAAAUGUAUAAGCAAGAGCGCGUU